CCUCCCCGUUUCUGAUACUAACACCCGACCUUGGAACUGGGAAUGCCCUGCCAAAACGUUUACUUUCACACCCUCAGCAGGAAACUUUGGAAACUUUAAUUGUCCCGGUGGGACAGAGGCACACCCAGGGGAAGAUGUGCCCAGGGCACUUAGUGCCCACAUGAGAGCCCACAUCUCCUAGUUGCAAAGCUUUGCCCUGCUUCUGACCAGCCACUGAAGAAGGGGUAUUCCAAGCAUCUCCGCCUUGACCAGCAGCAGGAUGGGGAAAGUAGGCCCCAGACCCGAAGGAGGGCUCAGCCUUGAGAUUAGGCUGGAGACACAACAAGGGGUGGGGACCCCGCAGGCGGGGGCAGGGGCGGAGCCGAGCAGAUGGUAAUCUAGCUCAGAGGCCUGAGCCUUGCACUCCCCACACUCGUCUCCCCAUGGACCGCACUGUGGUGCUCAUCACUGGCUGCUCCUCGGGCAUUGGCCUGCACCUGGCCCUGCGCCUGGCAUCCGACCCCUCGCGGAGCUUCAAAGAUCCUCGUCUUCUUCCGGAACCUCCAGUGUAUGCCACGCUGCGGGACCUGAGGGCGCAGGGCCCUCUGUGGGAGGCGGCCCGGGCCCGAGGGUGCCCUCCUGGCUCCCUGGAGACAUUGCAGCUGGACGUGAGGGACGCAGACUCUGUGGCCGCUGCCCGGGCACGCGUGACCGAGGGCCGCGUGGAUGUGUUGGUGUGCAAUGCGGGGCGGGGCCUGCUUGGGCCGCUGGAGGUGCAUACGGCUGGCGCCGUGGGGUCCGUGCUGGACGUGAACGUGACCGGGACGGUGCGGACACUGCAGGCCUUCCUGCCCGACAUGAAGCGCCGCCGCUCAGGACGUAUACUGGUGACCGGCAGCAUGGGCGGUUUGAUGGGGCUGCCGUUCAACGCCGUUUACUGCGCUAGCAAGUUCGCGAUCGAAGGUCUUUGCGAGAGUCUGGCGGUUCUGCUGCCGCCCUUCGGGGUCCACGUGAGCCUCAUCGAGUGCGGCCCGGUGCGCACCGCCUUUCUGGAGAAGCAGGAGGGCGUCCCGGGCGGGGCGCUGGACGGCGCGGACGCUGAGACCCGGGUCCUCUUCUCCUGCUACCAGCGCCAUUUGGAGCGGAUCUUCCGCGAGGCGGCGCAGGACCCGGAGGAGGUGACCGAGGUAGGCGCCGGGCGCGGCCCCGGAACCGGGUACGGCGCGCGGGGGCUGGCGGCGAGCCCCCGGCCGGCCCCCGGCCAGCCCCCGGCCAGCGCGCUUCCCCCCGCCGCCGCAGGUUUUCCUCGCCGCGCUGCGCGCCCCGCGUCCCGCGCUGCGCUACUUCAGCACCGAGAGCUUCCUACCCCUGGCGCACCUGCGCCUGUCCGACCCCAGCGGCUGCAGCUACGUCGCCGCCAUGCACCGCGCGGUAUUCGCCGACGAGCCCGCGGAGGAGGAGACGGCCUCGGACCGCGGCGACCCCGGGCUCCGCGCUCCUCCCGGCGCCCGGCAAUAAAGUCUUGGCCCGCCGCUGUCUGCCGCUCUCUCCUUUGUGCCCCAGGGGCGCGCGGCUCCGGGGGACGGCGCCAGGCUGCCGGCUCACCGCACCUGUGCGACAAGUGGCGCGUGCAGCGGGUCUUUGCUGUUUCCCUGGACUUAUCUAAAAUAGCAUUCCCUUCCCUCCACUGUAGUCCCCUUACCUUGUUUUAUUUUUCUUCAUGGCACUUAUCAUCAAUAGAUGUGUUAUAGAUUUAUUGACUUGCUGACUUUAUUGUUAUACAUUUAUAACUUUCACCACCCCAUCCCAAGACAUACAGGAAUCUAAGCUCCAGGGGAGGCCCUUUGUUUUGUUCACUGGUUGAUCCCUUGUACCUAGAAUCAUUCUUGAUCAUGGGAGACACUAAAUUCACAUUUAGUGAAUAAAAAUGAGUGUUGGUUCACAACCUGGGCAGUUCCCUGGGUGAAAUCUGAAACUGGCCCCUGUACACAAAGGGCAAGGAGAGACAGAAGAAAGAAGCAGACCACUCCAGAUUGGUAGGUGGUGGGUUUAAUAAGCAGGCAAACUGACAUACGAGACUUGCCCUAGGCGGCUGCAAGAUCUCUGCAUUUGCCCACCAGAAUCUUAAAAGUUUAUAUAGAAGACUUCAAUAGGUUCAGUCACCUAUAAUGUCCAGAUGGUCUCAACAACAUUGCUCUCUCAAGGCUCCCACUGUGGGAAUAUUCUGACAGAGGAGGGGGCGAGGAACCUACAAUUGCCUAGGUCCAGCCUGAGUCAACUGGCAGUCACAUUUUCUUGAUGAUCUCUUCCAGCAGUGAGUCUGUGUGGGACUGUGCUCAGAUGUUUCAAGGUACUUCCUGAGAGUCUGCAGUUUGUUUCUUCAUUUUGGGUCCUCCCUUUAAAAAUCCAAUCUAACAGGGCGCCUGG